UUUCCCUGGCUUGCUGGUUCAUAAUGAGCACAGGGUGAUAUUUGCCUGAAAGUAAAUUCCCUGAUACAGGUCAGGGUUUUAACCAAAAUGAAGACUUCUCCCUGCAGAGAGUCUCACCACCAGGGCAGGGGCAUUUCACAUGCAGUAGCCUGCAGAUGGAUUUUGCACAUUAGGGCUGAGGAAGGUAGAAGUUGCCCUUGGCAAACAUAGAGGGUGAAAUGUCUUGUGGAAGGAGCAGACCUGGAGGUCACUGCUAUCUGUGAGUGAGGGACCUCUGGGAGUGAUGCGUCAUCACAAGGCACCAUCCCAAGCCCAUAGGGCAGCAGAGCCCUUCUGGCAGCCCAGGGCACUGCAGGGAGCUGGGCACAGCACAAACUGCAGAAGGGGCAGGGCCUACAUGCACUCUGCAGUCCCUUCCAUGGGAUUUGGGGUAUCACACUGCUUUGGUCUCCACGUAACUGCCUGAGCAUCUUCCAACUGCCUUGGAACCUGUUCCAUGCCAACCAACCACCAACAGCAGCAGCAGACACAGCCAGGGCAUAGAAUGCCUUAAGAAAGUAGAAGCAGGAGGCUCCCAGAGCUACUACCCUUCCUGAGUGUUUCUCCUAUGCACUGCUGAGCCUGUGGGCUUAAAGGGCAGCUCCUGGGGUGACGUGGCAGCAGCUGCACCAGGAAGACCUGAGCUCUGUGCGCAGCGCAAUGGCUGAAGCAGUGACCACCGUGGACAAUGAGGACCUCUCAGACUAUUUCAGCAUGCAGUACAGGCAGAAUCUGCUGCCCUUGCUCAAGAAACUCAAACUGACCGAGGAGGACUCUCUGUCUCCAUUUAUUCGCCUCCAGGAGAAGAAGAAAGAAGCCCAAGAGAUGCAAAGGGUUCUGGAGGAUAAGGAAGAGGCCUUCAGGGUGAGGAUGGAGGACAUCACCUGCAGGUGGAAGGAGCUCCGGGCCAAGGAGGCCGAUCUGAAGGCUCACAUGAAGAAAUCUGAGAGGACCCUAAAGGAAAAUGAUAAGAUGCGAAUCCAGGCUCUAAAGAAAGCUGGCAAAGAAAGAAAGAUGAAAAUGCAAAAGGAGAGUGAGCUAUUGACAGCUAAGAAGGAACUGGAAGCCCUGAAAAUUAAGCACCAGAAACUCAGUGACAGAGUGCAGAACUACUCCAUCUUUGAAACCUAUCUGGAGGAUGUGGUGAAGGUCUCACAGUUUGAGGAGAUCCAGGCAAUCAUUUGGCACUACAAGAUGUUAGUGAGGAUUCGCAAGGCUCUGCUGCAAGCAGAACGUGGGCUCAGGGAAGCAAAGCAGAAAGCCAAGGAACUCAGCCAAUAUGAUGAAGAUGAGAGCCUGCAGUACAACAGUGACCUGGAUCAGCUUGAACUGCGUUCUCACCAGGCUCAAAGGGAUGUCCUCACCAAGGAGCGUCUCUGGGCUGACAUGCAGAAAACAGCUGCCAAGAAAACCCAGGAGCUGGGGACCAUCAAGAUGGCCAUCCUUGGCCUCUUCCAGCACGUGAGCAAGCAGAUGAAAAGAAGCCUGAAUGUGCCAGUGGAUGACAGCUACACACAGCUGAGCAUUCAGCAGUUUAUCCAAGACCUCAUGGACAUCUUAAUGGAAGUGAAAAGAAAGAGCAUACAGAGCCGUUAGCAUGAGCUAUGCCAAUGGGACUGCGAGGAAGAUGCCGGCUUGACCUGGUCUGCCAGCAAAGGCCCAGCAGCGUGGGAAGGGUGAGAAGAGGACAGAGAGCCCCACAGAUGGUGUACUUUACUAUAGGUUACGUCAGUGAAAUUUCAUACCUUUCUCGCCCUUCCCUCCUACACUGUCACUCGCACCUUCUCACUCUAUUAAAAACAGUAUGUUU